GUGGCCUAUAAAUACACAACCCUCUCUCUAUGAUUUCAAACUAGAAAGAAACUGAAAUUCCAUUCUCUAACAAGCCUUUGUAGUUUCUUUUCCUCCAUGGAUAAGAAUAAGAUUGUUCAAGCCAUUUUCUACCUUUCUUUUUUAUUUUAUUCAUUAGGGUUUAUCGACGGUGCCACGAUAGCUUCAUGUAGCCAAACCCCAUAUCCUGAAAUAUGUAACCAUUUCAUGAACACGAAUAUCCUAGAAACUGAAAAAGAUCAAACACCGUUCACAUUUCGCGAUCAAUCCCUUCUAGUGACUAUGAACCAUGCCAUUAAAGCUCAUCAAAUGAUCUUAUCUUUGGAAAUGAAUGAUUCAUUUGAUGAAAAAGCUAAAUUGGCAAGGGCAGACUGUGUAGAGCUUUAUGAGGAUACAAUAGAUCACCUCAACAGAUCAUUAUUCGUUUCUAGUAGUAAUAAUAAUAAUCCAGUAGACUCUCAAACUUGGUUAAGUGCAGCAAAUACCAAUCUCCAAACAUGCCAAAAUGGGUUUACUGAAUUCAAUUUAACUUCUAAUUAUUUAGAGUCUUUAUUGUUGCCAGAUAUGUUAAGUAACUUCUCAAAGUUACUUAGCAAUUCACUUGCUAUUAAUAAGGAAAACUAUUAUAUAUCUCCCUUAUAUAACAGUAAAACAGUUCACCCUGGCAGUAGCGGUGGCGGUGGCAGGAAAUUAUUGCAUGAUGAUGAAUUCCCUUGGUGGGUUUCGGUGACUGACCGGAAACUUCUCCAGUCAUCCCCUGAAGCUGAUAUUGUGGUAGCACAAGAUGGAUCAGGUAAUUAUAAAACCAUCGGAGAAGCUGUGGCCGCAUCGGCUACGAGAAGGAGUGGAAAUAAGAGAUUCGUUAUAUACGUGAAGAAGGGUGUUUAUAAAGAGUAUGUGGAGAUCAAGAACUCAAUGAACAACUUAAUGUUAAUUGGAGAUGGGAUUGAUGCUACCAUUGUUACUGGUAACAAGAAUAAUCAAGAUGGCUCUACUACUUUUCGUUCUGCCACUUUUGCUGUCUCCGGCGAGGGAUUUAUUGCAAAAGAUAUAACAUUCGAGAACACAGCUGGCCCACAAAAACACCAAGCGGUGGCUCUCCGGUCAGGUUCCGAUUUCUCAGUUUUCUACAGUUGCAGCUUCAAGGGAUAUCAAGACACCUUGUAUGUAUACUCUCAACGACAAUUCUAUCGCGACUGUGACAUAUACGGUACAGUAGACUUCAUUUUUGGCAACGCUGUUGUCGUUUUUCAAAACUGUAACAUUUACGUUAGAAAACCAAUGAGUGGCCAAAAAAACACUGUCACAGCUCAAGCAAGAACAGAUCCAAAUGAAAACACAGGCAUAAUUAUCCAUAACUCACGUGUAACGGCUGCUUCUGAUCUUAGACCAGUUCAGGGUUCGUUCAAGAGUUAUCUCGGUCGGCCAUGGCAGGAAUAUUCAAGAACGGUAAUUUUGAAGAGUAAUUUAGAUGGGUUAAUUGAUCCUGCUGGUUGGUUACCAUGGAGUGGUAAUUUUGCUUUGAGCACCCUUUAUUAUGCUGAGUAUAUGAAUAGUGGGAGUGGAGCAAGUACAGGAGAUAGAGUUAAGUGGCCUGGAUAUCAUGUUAUUACAAAAGUGACCGAUGCCGGAAAGUUUACGGUGGGGAACUUUUUGGCUGGAGAUUCUUGGAUUCCGGCAACUGGAGUUCCUUUUGAUUCUGGUUUGUAAUAUGUGAUUACUCGUAAAGGAAGGCAGGAAAAGAAAAGUAGAGGUUUGGAUUUGUCUUAAUUUGUUGAACUAUAAUGAGAUGGUGACUUCAAAAAGUUUGUGAAAUAGUCAUGUAUUUUAUGUUGUUUAUAGAUAUUUUGCAUGCAAGUUGUAACAAUUUAUAGAUUUAUGAUAAUACUAGUAAUUAGUGUUGUUUCAUUUCAGAUCA